AUGAGCCAGUGUUUGUCGUACUGUUUUCCGUCGCGCCGGUCGCACUCGUACGAACCGCUUCUCCUCGAGAGUGAGCGAGAAGCUGUAGCAGACUUGUUACAGUAUCUUGAAAAUCGCGCAACAACCAACUUUUUCACUGGUGCUCCCCUUUCAGCUCUUACCAUACUUUCGUUCUCCGACAAUGUGGAUCUCCAGAGGAGCGCAGCGCUUGCUUUUGCGGAAAUCACUGAACGUGAAGUCCAACAAGUUGGCCGUGACACUCUUGACCCGAUACUCUUCCUCCUAAGCAGUCACGACACAGAAGUUCAGCGUGCGGCUAGCGCUGCUUUGGGAAAUUUGGCCGUUAAUCCUGAGAACAAGCUGCUGAUUGUUCGACUUGGUGGUCUUGAACCCCUCAUACGACAAAUGCUAAGCCCGAACGUUGAAGUACAAUGCAAUGCGGUGGGCUGCAUCACAAAUCUGGCCACGCAUGACGAAAAUAAGACGAAGAUAGCUAAAUCUGGAGCAUUAGUGCCAUUGACCCGCAUGGCGAGGUCGAACGAUCUUCGGGUGCAGCGGAAUGCUACAGGAGCACUGUUGAAUAUGACCCAUUCCGACGAGAACCGCCAACAGCUUGUUGCUGCAGGUGCUAUACCCGUUUUGGUAAACUUGCUUAAGUCCUCCGACACGGAUGUUCAGUAUUACUGCACCACCGCUUUGAGCAACAUAGCUGUGGAUGCACAGAAUCGCAAACGCCUGUCCUCUAGCGAGCCCAAACUCGUUCAUAGUUUGGUGGCCCUCAUGGACAGCCCCAGUCUCAAGGUGCAAUGUCAGGCUGCUCUUGCCCUCCGCAAUCUCGCAAGCGAUGAGAAGUAUCAAGUUGACAUCGUUAAGGCCGACGGUCUACAACCACUCCUCCGCUUGCUUAAUUCGACCUAUUUGCCUCUCAUCCUUUCUGCCGCCGCGUGCGUGCGGAACGUCUCUAUUCACCCUCAUAAUGAGAGUCCGAUAAUAGAAGCUGGUUUCCUCAACCCCCUCAUCGAUUUGCUGUCAUUUGAAGAGAACGAGGAAGUCCAGUGCCAUGCGAUCUCCACACUUCGGAAUUUGGCUGCAAGUUCGGAAAAGAACAAAGGCCAAAUUGUGCAAGCUGGUGCUGUACAGAAGAUCAAGGAUCUUGUGUUAACGAUUCCUUUGAAUGUGCAGAGUGAGAUGACGGCAUGUGUCGCCGUUCUGGCCUUGAGCGAGGAUUUAAAGCCCCAGUUGCUCGAGAUGGGCAUAUUGGAAGUGCUUAUUCCCUUAACCAAUUCGACGAGCAUUGAGGUGCAGGGUAAUAGCGCUGCGGCAAUUGGCAAUUUGUCUUCUAAAGAGGGGCGAAGCCCUUCGGACGAUUACAGCGCCUUUGUAGACGUAUGGGAUAAACCAGACGAUGGCCUACAUCACUACCUAUGGCGAUUCCUUAGCAGUACGGAUGCUACUUUCCAGCACAUAGCGGUUUGGACAAUCGUCCAACUUCUUGAGUCUGAUGAUGCGGAGCUAAUUCAGAAUAUCCGCUCAUCUACCCUCCUCGCACCACAUAUUACUCAACUGGCGACGUCGCAAUCAUCGACUCCCACAGGCUCCACACUUGGGUCAAGGUCGCAGUCAUUCUCAGAUGAUGGCGGUGAUGGCGGAGCGGCGGAGAUUGCUGCUUUGGCACGUCGCAUCCGAGAGCUAAUCGAGGACGGUGUGCAUUCACCGGCCACUGAAUCAAAGAGUGACACGACACCCCGCGACGAGGAUCUGCGGAAAAGUGUUCGUGAGGCACUCUCUCGUCCAGGGAAAGCUGAGGAGUGAUUGAGUCGAACGAACGCCAGCGUGGCAUGCGGUUUCCAGGACGCAGCUGCUUCGUAUUUUGCUUGACGGGAUAUUAUGGGUGGCAUCGAUUAUAAUUAUGUUGGUUUUCUUAUGGAGCUUUUGAAGCUCCUUUCCAAUCCUUGAAGC